UGUAAUUUGCUGAAAGAGGUAAACGUCUGUCUCCUUCAUGCGGAUUAAUAUGCCUCCAAUGGGGAACAUGUAGCCCGCGAAUAAUUUUUGUGUAUUCUUGUUUAUUAGCGUUCUGUCUUCGUAUUGGAAAGGGUAAGUAUUUACCUGUAAUAGUUGAUGGUCUACUUUUAGUUUAAGUGUGUCACAAAUAAUCCUUUUUUUUUGCCGUAAAUAUAUCUAAUAUGCACACUAAACGUCGCAGUGGAAAGGCAUCAAUAGCGUAGCCUACGGUUGUGAGUCUCAGUAGUAACAUGUCUUUCCCCCAAAAUGUGUGUGUGUGUGUGUGUGUGUGUGUGUGGGGGGGGGGUUCUUAUCUGUUUGGAAUGCGACUAUUCCAUUACGAGAUCAUGUCUUCUUCAAUACAUGUGUAUAACUUGUUUGACUCAAGGAACGAAUGGCUGUUUAUUGCAGACAUGCACCUCAAAUCUGUCAUGCAUGCAGAGAACUAUUUUCCCCCGCCCCUUUCGUAAAUUUCCUAGUGGUUGCCAGGGACAUUUUGCGAGAAUUUCUAUCACAAUGAACCAGAGAAGAAUAAUAGAUGAACUCAAUUAUAUAUAUAUAUAUAUAUAUUUAUUUAUUUUGCCUAAUUUUUACUUUUUUAUUUUUUUUAUUUCACCUUUAUUUAACCAGGUAAACCAGUUGAGAACAAGUUCUCAUUUACAACUGCGACCUGGCCAAGAUAAAGCAAAGCAGUGCGAUAAAAACAACAACACAGAGUUACAUAUGGGGUAAAACAAAAAAAAAAAAACAAAAAAAAAAAAAAAAAAUACAACAGAAAUACAAUUAAUAUACAGUGUGCAAAUUUAGCAAGUUAUGGAGGUAAGGCAAUAAAAUAGGCUAUAGUGCAAAAUAAUUACAAUUUAGUAUUAACACUGGAAUGAUGUGCAAGAGAUGAUGUGCAAAUAGAGAUACUGGGGUACAGAUGAGCAAAAUAAAUAACAAUAUAGGGAUGAGGUAGUUGGGCGGGCUAAUUUCAGAUGGGCUGUGUACAGGUGCAGUGAUCGGUAAGGUGCUCUGACAACUGAUGCUUAAAGUUAGUGAGGGAGAUAAGUGUCUCCAGCUUCAGAGAUUUUUGCAAUUUGUUCCAGUCAUUGGCAGCAGAGAACUGGAAGGAAUUGCGGCCAAAGGAGGUGUUGGCUUUGGGGAUGACCAGUGAGAUAUACCCGCUGGAGCGCAGACUACGGGUGGGUGUUGCUAUGGUGACCAAUGAGCUAAGAUAAGGCGGGGAUUUGCCUAGCAGUGAUUUAUAGAUGGCCUGGAGCCAGUGGGUUUGGCGACGAAUAUGUAGUGAGGACCAGCCAACAAGAGCGUACAGGUCACAGUGGUGGGUAUUAUAUGGGGCUUUGGAGACAAAACGGAUGGCACUGUGAUAGACAACAUCCAAUUUGCUGAGUAGAGUGUUGGAGGCUAUUUUGUAAAUGACAUCGCCGAAGUCAAGGAUCGGUAGGAUAGUCAGUUUUACGAGGGCAUGUUUGGCAGCAUGAGUGAAGGAGGCUUUGUUGCGAAAUAGGAAACCGAUUCUAGAUUUAACUUUGGAUUGGAGAUUCUUAAUGUGAGUCUGGAAGGAGAGUUUACAGUCUAACCAGACACCUAGAUAUUUGUAGUUGUCCACGUACUCUAGGUCAGACCCGUCUAGAGUAGUGAUUCUUGUCGGGUGGGCGGGUGCAAGCAGCGUUCGGUUGAAGAGCAUGCAUUUUGUUUUACUAGUGUUUAAGAGCAGUUGGAGGCUACUGAAGGAGUGUUGUAUGGAAUUGAAGCUCGUUUGGAGGUUUGUUAACACAGUGUCCAAUGAAGGGCCAGAUGUAUACAAAAUGGUGUCGUCUGCGUAGAGGUGGAUCUGAGAGUCACCAGCAGCAAGAGCGACGUCAUUGAUAUACACAGAGAAAAGAGUUGGCCCAAGAAUUGAACCCUGUGGCACCCCCAUAGAGACUGCCAUAGGUCCAGACAACAGGCCCUCCGAUUUGACACAUUGAACUCUAUCUGAGAAGUAGUUGGUGAACCAGGCGAGGCAGUCAUUUGAGAAACCAAGGCUAUUUAGUCUGCCAAUAAGAAUGCGGUGGUUGACAGAGUCGAAAGCCUUGGCCAGGUCAAUGAAAACGGCUGCACAGUACUGUCUAUUAUCGAUCGCGGUUAUAAUAUCAUUUAGGACCUUGAGCGUGGCUGAAGUGCACCCAUGACCAGCUCGGAAACCGGAUUGCAUAGCGGAGAAGGUACGGUGGGAUUCGAAAUGGUUGGUGAUCUGUUUGUUGACUUGGCUUUCAAACACUUUUGAAAGGCAGGGCAGGAUGGAUAUGGGUCUGUAACAGUUUGGAUCUAGAGUGUCACCCCCUUUGAAGAGGGGGAUGACCGCGGCAACUUUCCAAUCUCUGGGGAUCUCAGACGUUACGAAAGAGAGGUUGAACAGGCUAGUAAUAGGGGUUGCGACAAUUUCGGCGGCUAGUUUUAGAAAUAAAUUAUCAGAGAAGCAAUGUUUUCAUUCAAUACUUUACUUUAAUAUUUUGUUUAUAUCUUUAGAAAUUAAAUUUCAUAAGAUUAUUUAAAGCCUGGACAGAUUUUCUACAAUGCUGAACCCAAGUCUCUGAGUCACAUUGUCAUCAUUCAAUCAAUAGGCAAUUUUUUUUUAUACUGUAGAUUACAAUAUAAUAAAUGUGUGAAAUAAAUUAACUUUAUAGUUUCAUACAAGUUACACAAACACGUGACAGUUAUAACACAUAGAUAUUUACUCAAGCGACAAUGGCCUUUUUUAAUGUACUGUAUGGUGUUCUGACACUGUUCAUAGUGCUCAAGUGAUAGACCUACACUUAUGAGUGUACACUUACUAGACAUUUUAAUUAUUCAGUGUGUCUUAGCUGUUCAUUAGACAUAUUUGAUCCGUUCAGCAAUAUGGACGGCGAUUUAUUCAUGGAGUGUGAGGAGGAGGAGCUGGAGCCAUGGCAACAGAUGUAUGACGACGUGGAGGAGGAAUUGGAAUUCAUAGAGGGCGACAUUGACAACGGUGAGCAUGCCCAUUGGCCAACUAUUGCCACGGAGACAGACUGGCACACCCUCUUGACUGUCAUCUUGGUGACUGACUGACCACUGCGGCCCUUGUCAUGGUCUGAACAUGUAUGAAUGGUCAAUGACCCAGUCAUAUAGGCUGUUAGCAUAAGACGUGUCAAACUCAUUCCACGGAGGGCCAAGUGUCUGCAGGUUCUCUCCUCCCUUGUACUUGAUUGAUGAAUUAAGGUCAGUAAUUAGUAAGGAACUCCCCUCAUCCGGUUGUCUAGGUCUUCACUGAAAGGAAAAACCAAAAACAAGCAGACACAAGGCCCUGCAUGGAAUGAGUUUGACACCCCUGGCAUAAGACUAUGCUGUGAAAUAAAAUCAAAGUUUAUUUGUUCUGUGCACAGGAUACAACAGGCCUAAAUAGUACAGUGAAAUGCUUACUUGCAAGCUCUUCCUCAACAAUGGAAUAUUCAAUAUCAAAGGUAAAGAAGUAAAAAAUCCAGAAUAGAAAUGGAAAAAAAGGUCAGAUAAAAUAAAAACACAGGAGAAUGUACGCUAAUUCUCAUGUAGUUCAACUGUACCUUGCUGUUUAUGCCGUUGUGUGUUUCCUGCAGUCUGUGAAACCUCCUUUUCCUCCACGACAUCCCGAGAGACUCCAGUUCCCAGCAUACCCUCCCUCACUCACUCAGCUGCACAGCGUGUCCCGGCAACGGUUUCCAACACAGGCCAGUCCUCCUCCUCUGUCUUGCAGCGCACCACUAUAGCACGUGAGUUUAUGUUUUGGGGGAAGGAUGGCGUCUCAAACACACACUGCCGAAAGGCUAAAACAGCUGUCGUUACUUUCAGAAACACAGGAAAUGCUCAGUAAUGGAUUUUGAUUAUUUGAUUGUACAGGAGUAUUUAUAAAUGCGUUAUACACUUCGGAGUCAGAAACUAAAGAGAAUGCAACACUGAUUAUAAUAUGCAGUUGGCCUACACUUCAAAGCAGUUGUAGAAGACAUGAGUCCGGCUCAUGGUCUCGUGAUGAGGUAGCCCCUGCCUGCGACUUCAAAAUCAGUGUCACCCUCACCAAAGGGGGAAUGUCCUCUUGGUCUAACGGUCAAGACAUUGGUUUCUCCCUUGGUAGACACAGGGUUCAGAUCCCACCCGUGACACUAACCACUAGGUUGUCCCCCUUCCUCUGUGUCCCUCAGCUCCUGUGUCGUCAUCGGUGUUACCUCAAUUUAUGGUCCCCACGGGGGUCCCUGGUAUGCCCUCUCUGGUGCCAUCGGGCAUGGUCCAGGGACAACAGCUGAUCCAGAUCCAAACCCCUACAGGUCUGAGCACCAUGCUACUGCCCACAGCUGUUAACCCUGGUGCCGGCCCUGCCAAUGCCCAGCAGAUCUACUUCACCCAGGUACGGACUGCAUCAGUGGUCACGGAUCUUCUCCGGCCUGCUUCGGUUCAGUUCAGCAAGGGGGAAUGCAUUUAAGAAUGUAUUUAACUUCAACUCAUUAUUACAUCUCACAGGGUUUCCCGGUCCGAAAUGUGAGGCCUGGGCAGAACCCUAUGGGGAUAGUUCUGAAUUUACAACAAGGGCAGAUGAUUCGACCCAUCACUCUACUCUCUGGUAAUUGUAUCUCUUACUUCUUUAGUCAAUGCUGUUUUCACAGAUCUACAACAGACAGGUCCCGCAACAUACUGGGGUCCCAAACACUCAUUUUUGAAAAGUCUCCAGGAAGCAAGUUAUUGACAGCAGCCAUUUUGGACAACAUAGUGUAUAGUAACACCAUUUUGUUAACAGCCCCCUCUCUCCUAUGGUAGGACCUGGAGGGCAGUUCUUUGCUCCGUCUAUGGGGAUGCCUCAGGUUGUGAGCCAGCCUGCACAGAUUAGGCCCACUGCUGGCCCUAGUGGUGUUUUACGGCAGGCAGCGCCCGGCACCUUUGCCACUAUGCAAAUCCCUGCCACCCUCACCAUCCGCGGGGCCAGUCAUGCCCCCCUCACAACCACAGCUAGCACCAUGGGCAACCGGCCCACCCUACUCAACCCUUCCUCACAGCCUCAGAUUUGUAAGUUCUUAUUUUAUGGGUGGAUCUCAAUAGUCUAAAUUCAAUAAAGUACUGCUUUUGUAUAUAUUGUUAAAUCUGUUGAACUUAUCAUGACCAACUUAUGUUCCCCUGCUUUUCUUUGUGCUAUAGUGAAAUGGAACCAAGUCCCAGUCGCUCUCCAAUCGCAGCUACUGCAGAUCGUCAAGAGCAACAGCCAGGCCAAUGUACCCGUGGCCACGCCCCUGACACAGGGCAUCACCAAAGGUACAGUAAAUACACCCAUAUCAGAACUAUUGCUCAUUAUCAUAUGCACUCGCUGGUUCUAAGUAUAAAAUGUUUCUCUGUUCUGUUUGUUUUACAGUUGAUCAGGCGCUGAAAAUAUGCCCCCGUUGUGGAGCCCAAUUCAAAAUGCAAGAAGCACUUCAAGGACAUAUGUGUGUAAGAAGCUUUAUCAUAUGCACCUUAGAACAUCCCAGAUAUUAAACCAUGAACCACAGGUAUGAUGAGCAUGAUGGCAAUUUAAACUGCAUUGAAUUCCUCCCUCACAGUUCUGCUGUCCAGACCUGGUCAAUACUGCAGGGCCUUCCAGCAGCAGUGGCACUCAGAACCCCCUGCCAGAACGGGCCCCCAGCUCCAAUCCAGACCCUCCGCCUAAGGUGGUUAUGCUAGUGGAUGAUUUCUACUAUGGCCGCUUCGCGGGCCAACAGUCUCUGGUCGACAGCCAGCCCACCAAGCUGAACUACUCCUUCAAAUGUGUCAUCUGCCCUAAGAGGUCCAAUAGCAACAUUAGGUGAGAAUGAGGUCAGCUGCUCCACACACACACACACACACACACACACACACACACACACACACACAGUAUGUACACAUACAGCCUGACCUGAAAUGACAACAUUAGGGGGCAGAAGUAUCAAUCAGAUGUUUGCAUGUGAUACAUUGCCACAAAGGUAUCUGGACCACUUAUUCAAGUGUUAGAACUAUGCAAAUGCAAAUCUCAAUUGAUGGAAGGAUGUUAACUGUGUUUGCGUGUGUGUGUGUGUGUGUGCGUGCUCGGCAGGCUGAUGGACCACAUGAAGCAGCACCCAGAGAUGACUAAAUGGGUGGACCAACUGACCUCCUGCCAGCACUGCUUCCGCCAGUUCUCUACCAGCGCCCAGCUCCAGCACCAUGUGGAGAAUGCCCACGGGCCCACUCAGUCUUCCAGUACGCCCUCACAUAUGACAAUACUUACAUAUUCAUCUGUUGUUAAAUAUGCAUCCUGUGACAUUUUUGAAAAUCAUGUUUUCUCUAUUGACCGUGCAGCUUGUUGCAAGAUCUGUGAGUGGGCGUUUGAGAGUGAGCCUGUGUUCCUGCAUCACAUGAAGAACACCCACAAACCAGGAGAGAUGCCCUAUAUUUGCCAGGUUGGUGACCUUUCACCUCCAGUUGAACAUGAUAGAAUACAUGCUGCCCACCUUCCCAUUUACUCUCAGAACCACACCUUCCUGAAAUCCCAUCCCUUCUUUUCAAGGUGUGUCAGUACCGAUCUUCUUUCUUUUCGGAUGUGUACAACCACUUCUGUACCAGUCAUGCAAAGACAUGCAACCAGCUGUGUGUUUACUGCCUGAAGGUGUUCAAGAGCCCCAACUCCUACCAGCAGCACUACAUACGACACCAGGUAGAGAAACAACCCAGGAGCAUUAGAUUUUACAUUUACGUCAUUUAGCAGACGCUCUUAUCCAGAGCGACUUACAGUAGUGAGUACAUACAUUUUCUCGUAAUGGUCCCACGUGGGAAUCGAACCCACAACCCUGGCGUUGCAAGCGCCAUGCUCUACCAACUGAGCCACACAGUACCACAAAAAAAACUAGUAUUGUUCCCAUUUAAAACUGUUGUAAAUAAUUUACUUAAAGGAAGGUAUUUUCUUAAAGUGCAAAAAAGUAUUUAUGGCCUGGUUUCCCGCGCUCAUAUUAAACCUAUUCUUGGAUUAAACACCAAUCUCAAUAGAGAAUCUUCAUUGUAAGUGUGUUUUUAGUCCAGGACUAGGUUAAAUCUGGGUCUGGGAAACGGUCCCGUAUGUUUUAUAAAGGCAGUUGUACUGCAAAGUAGGCGUUGCAAGAAAAAUUGUUUUGUAAACUCUUGUACAAAGGAAAAAAUAGAUCAGCAGUUUCUUCUGCAUUUUAUGUUUAACGCUGAAACACUGAACCCAACUCUUGAUUUUUCAGGCCAGUAGAGCGAGUCACUGCAACAAGUGCCGUUUGCAGUUCCUCUCCGCCACGGACAGGAUGGAGCACAAAACCCACAGCCACAGGACCUUCCGCAAGCCCAAGCAGCUGGAGGGGCUCCAACCUGGGACUAAAGUGAGUUGAUGAACAGCUUAAUUUAACUGAUUAGUCAUUCUCUUAGUUGUGCCACACUCUUAGUAGAAAAGGUGCUAUCUAGAACCUAAAAGGGUUAUUCUGCUGUUCCCAUAGGAGAACCCUUUGAAGAACCCUUUUUGGUUCUGGGGUAGAACCCUUUUGGGUUCCAUGUAGAACCCUUACAGAGGGUUCUACAUGGAACCCAAAAGAAGGGUUCUACAUGGAACCCAAAAGUGUUUUCCUAUGGGGACAGCCGAAGAACCCUUUUGGACCCCUUUUUUCUAAGAGUGUAGAGAUUCAGGCAAUUCACUUGUUGGACAGAACAACAGUUAACCAAAAAGCAAUGCAUGUCCUAGAUCAAGAAGGAGUUAUAUUAGUGUAGGUAUAAUAUUCAUUGGUAGAAUGGGGUUAAACACAGUGUUGUAUUCUUGUCUGUGUACUUAGGUGACCAUCAGGGCAUAUGCCCACCACAAGGGACAGUUGCCCAAGAAUGUACCUGUGGACUAUAAGACGACAGGCCCCACUCCUCAGGCGGGCCAGACCUACACUAACAGCAACAUACAACACAAACCUCAUCAGUCCAAACCACCUCCACAAACAACCAAAACCACCAUGAGGAAAUCCAUCAAGCAGUUGGACCUGCUCACCAAGUUUCAGAAACGGAGGUGAAUAAUAGUCAUAUUGUUGUGCAUUUCUUCUCCAUGGAGCUACACAAAUCCCAGGAGGACAUUCUGUCUUCUAUCUUUAAUCUCAGACUUAGUUUUUGAUUGAGCUAUAUGACAGUAGGGCUACCUUGCCCUCUGAUAGCAUGUAUAAACAUAAUCAUCAUUUGGUGGGUGUUUUAUAUUUGUUCUUUUUCACACAUGUACAAGUGUGUACUAAUACGCGUGUGUGAAUUGGAAAUACGUUUUUUUGCAUAUCCCAACUCUCUCUGAGACACCCUCGGAGAGUGGGGUCACUGCCAGGGUGAUUAUAUAAACGCAUAUAUUGUGGCUGAAGUGUCUGACCUCUGUGUGACCUCCUCUACAGUGUGUCGCUAGUCAAGCAGCGGUGCAUGGAGUGCAGCUCAGACGUACCCAGCUUCCCCGACCACUACCCCACCUUCGUCCACUGUGCCGUGUGCCCCUACAGCACCUGCUGCUCGCGCUCCUACGCAGACCACAUGAUCACGUAAGUCAAGCUUCAUUAUCGAUAUAGAUCAUGUUUUAUUAGCCAAAGAAACAAUAGUUCAUUCAUUGAUCAUAGAUGACUUGGAAAGUUUGAUAGCGGUUAAUUUCUCUUGUUGCAGAAAUCAUGCACCACGUAUGAAAACCAACCACGUACCCCUGCACAAGCGGCCACCCCCUUGGUAAUGGACACUGUUUCCCGCUGUGUUGUGUUUUUUAUAUUUUUUGCUUGCCAGUUACUACGGACACUUGCCAACCUUCUCUCCCUCUGUCCCACACAGCUAUUUGAAGCUGCUGUGUGAGGUCUGUGACUUCAGCUCUCAGACGGGUGACCUUAUGGCCAAGCACCUGGCCCAGUACCCAAGUCACGGCUCUAGCACCUGUACACCAAACGGUGGGUGUCUUCAAGCUCCCCACAGAACUCCAAACAGAUAGCCUUGGCAUGAAUAUGUCAGUUUUACCAUGGAAGAGGGGAGAUGCUUUAUAUUUGCAGUCUAGAAAACGUUUUGAAACUGCUAUAUUAAUUAAAAUUGUAUAAAGUAUAUACUAUUUACAAAAGUGUAUUUAUAAGAACUACAAUGCAUAAGCAUUUAGACAUUAACAUUUAUAAUUUAUACAGCAUUAAUCUUAUUCAUUAAACAUACUAUAACGUGUAACCAGGAUGGCAACACUAAUAAAAAAGAGUACCAUGAUUUGAAAAAGAUAUCUAGUUGUGGUGGGUUGGUGUCCUUAUCUUAAAAAAUAUAUCUAGUUGUGGUGGGUUGGUGUCCUUAUCUUUAAAAAUAUAUCUAGUUGUGGUGGGUUGGUGUCCUUAUCUUUAAAAAUAUAUCUAGUUGUGGUGGGCUGGUGUCCUUAUCUUUAAAAAGAUACCUAGUUGUGGUGGGUUGGUGUCCUUAUCUUUAAAAAUAUAUCUAGUUGUGGUGGGUUGGUGUCCUUAUCUUUAAAAAGAUAUCUAGUGGUGGGUUGGUGUCCUUAUCUUUUUCUGUUUGCUUCGUUGUUUAACUUGGCCUGAUGCCAACUGUUUUGUUGCACAGGUUGAGCUUAUCUCCACUUGUGAACACUGAGAGACAUGGUGCACACCAGAUCUUGUACAGUGAGAGACAUGGUGCACACCAGAUCUUGUACAGUGAGAGACAUGGUGCACACCAGAUCUUGUACAGUGAGAGACAUGGUGCACACCAGAUCUUGUACAGUGAGAGACAUGGUUCACACCAGAUCUUGUACAGUGAGAGACAUGGUGCACACCAGAUCUUGUACAGUGAGAGACAUGGUGCACACCAGAUCUUGUACAGUGAGAGACAUGGUUCACACCAGAUCUUGUACAGUGAGAGACAUGUUUCACACCGGAUCUUGUACAGUGAGAGACAUGUUUCACACCAGAUCUUGUACAGUGAGAGACAUGGUUCACACCAGAUCUUGUACAGUGAGAGACAUGGUGCACACCAGAUCUUGUACAGUGAGAGACAUGGUUCACACCAGAUCUUGUACAGUGAGAGACAUGGUGCACACCAGAUCUUGUACAGUGAGAGACAUGGUUCACACCAGAUCUUGUACAGUGAGAGACAUGGUUCACACCAGAUCUUGUACAGUGAGAGACAUGGUUCACACCAGAUCUUGUACAGUGAGAUACAUGGUGCACACCAGAUCUUGUACAGUGCCCAUAAAAUCCCCUCAUAUAGGACACCAGAGGGGCCCUUCUCUCAUAAAUAUUUGUACAUCUAUAUUGGUUAGGUCAAAUCCUUAUGUUCUGGUCAUGUGGUCGCACAAAAACUAUUGGCCCUACCUAAUGUAAAACUAUUUUUACAAACUUGUAACACUAAUACAAUUGAAAUUGUGAGGGAGUAUAGGCCUGUGUGUGUUUGUCUACAGAAAGUAAUGUGGCAAAAGAUUACCCACACAAUACCCCUUCUCUUCAUUAAUGAGGUAAAACAACGCUACAUGGCCGCCGCAUCCCAUGUUGCUAGUUCACACAUAGCAGGGAUCAUCAACUAGAUUCAACCACGUGACGAUUUUAUUUUAUUUUUUCUUGAGGGGAUGGUCAGGGGUCCGAAACAUAAUUACAAAUAAUUUGUAGAAUGCAAAUUGACCUCAAGAAGCCCAAACUGAUAUAAUAUUUGACUAAAACAUAAUCAUUUCAAACCUUGCUUGCAUUUUUAUACGAUCACAUAUCUCUUUAUAAUGUGUGGGAAUACAGGCCAAAUUCGGCCUGCGGGUCGCCAGUUGGGGAACCCUGUACUACAGGAACUGGCAAACAGAUUUUUGUACAUCAAGACACACUCCAAAGCAUGUUUUGUGCCAAAGUAAAUAGGAAAAUGUGUGGAGUCCAAAAAUUACCCAAGUGCAGAGGAGGAAUGUCUUACCAAGGAGCCAGUCUGCAUACCAAUCUGUUUUCAUCUGCCAUUUAUGUUGUCUUCAGACUACUGGCCAGUUGAGAAGGGGUUAUAUUUUCCCCUGUUCUCUUUCUAUCCACAUGGUGUCGUAAAAGUGGACUAGCGCUGACAUAAGAAAUGGCCCAUGGUGUUAUAAAAGAAAAGUUGUGUCAACUUGGCUCUGUGGAGCAGAAGACUAACUGUUGUUCCUGUGAUUCCCCUCCCUCCCUCACAGAGUCUCUGGAGUCUGACAUUGAGUUCUGCCAAGAGGAGGACAAAUCAGGAGGGGAUGUAGAAGUGGUGAGGUCUGAAUGGGCAUUAAUGGAGAACUGGAGAGAACCUCUGCUGAGAGGCACCGACUGCCCCAUCGCAACCAUCCUCGACUUCACAGAGAGCUGCGGUCCUCGCCAGUCCUUAAACAAAAACAGCGACGCUGUCGACUACUUCAACCUGCUCUUCCCGUACUCGCUCAUGGAGCUCAUCGCCAGCGAGACCAACGCUAAGGCCAAGACCUGCCAGUUUCUUGGGCAGAGCGACCCGGACUGGGUCCCUGUCACCGCUCACGAGAUCAAGGGCUUCAUAGGUCUCAGUAUACUCAUGGGCCUUCAGAGCCUCCCAGAGCCUGCCAACUACUGGUCCUGGCAGCACUACGACAACUGCCACACCUUCUUCAGGGCCAUGUCCAUCAAGCGCUUCCAGCAGAUCUCCACCAACAUCCGGAUGGGUAGUCUACUCACCUCCAUGGAGGAGGAGGGAGAGGGCAGUGGCAGCGACAGGCUGCGUCUCUUCAGACCUAUGCUGAACAUCCUUGGCGACUCCAUGUGGGAAGCCUACAAACCCAACCGGUGCCUGGCCAUCGACCGGGCCCUGCUGCCCAGCCUGGAAACGGAGGCCGGCCAAGCCAAAGGGAACCCCAAGGCCCAACCAGGGGUGUGGCUGCUGUGUGACUCCAAGUCGGGCUACUGCCACCGACUGCUCAUCCACAUGGGGAGGGAGAAGGAGAAGGAGCUGGGGUUCAGUGUAGUGCUCCCCUUAGUGGAGGGACUCCAGGAGAAACACCACCAGCUCUUCCUGGGUAGCUCACUGGCCUCUGCCCCCCUCAUGCAGAAGCUCUUGGACCAGGGCAUUUACGCCUCCAGCUCCUUUCCUCCACCAAGCCCCAUCCUCCCCAGGGAGCUGUGGGAGCAGGGUCAGCUGGAGAAGCCUGGGGACUUCCUGCAGAGGCAGUUGGGCCCCCUUCUGGCCACCCGCUGGAAAGACACCAAGGAGAUGGGCUGCCUGUCCACCAAUGCCGAGCCGGGGCAGCCAGACACAGUGUGGAGGAAGUCUCAAACUAAAGUGGGAGAACUCAGCCCCAUCGAGCGUCCCUUAGCCUUCCGACUUCUGCAGGAGAACAUGCGAGGCGUCGACAUCUGCAAACAGCUGCUGGCCUGCAACCCGCUAGGAGGGCUGCCACUAGACAAGCACUGGCGCAGUCUCUUCUGGUUCCUGGUCAACCUGAGCAUAGUCAAUGCCUUCAUAGUGCUGCGGGAGAGCCGCAAAGAGAACCCUCCAUCGUGGGUGCAGGGCGGGCUCUUUACCCAGGCAAACUUUCGCAAGCGCUUAGGGCACCAGCUGGCCAAGUGCGCAGAAAGACAAGCACGCAUCCACUCUGAGACUAAGGAGGGACCAGCGGGCGUCCGAGAGGUUGCACUGCAAGGCAAUCCAAAUAAACUAAGGCACAGAUUGGUUAAACUCACCGCCAAGACCAAGAGAUGCAAGAACUGCAAUCUGAAGAACCUGCGCCAUGAGAGCGUGUUUGGAUGCAUCGUUUGCAAAGCCAACCUGUGCAAGCAGCCCAGCUGCUUCUGGGAGUAUCAUGGCUUCUCACCCCACCACUUAGGUCAAUCAUUUAUUUGAUGCUUUGUAGAUGCACACACAAGAAUAUGAUACCAAAACACAUAUAUAAUCAAUCCCAAGACUAGCUUAAUCUCCAUGAGUAUACAAGGGUCAAAAACAUUGUCCGUGACUGCUUGACAGUGAAAGUGUAAAGGUGAUGGAUGAUAUUACUAAUACAUUACGGUAGGGAAAACAAAGUCAACAUAGUUCAACCUGAAACAGAAAUGUUUAUGUUGUAACACAUUUAGCUGCAUGCUCUUUCUCUUCAAAUCUAAACUCUUAUCCUCUUUUUUUACAGGCUCCCCUAAUGUUGGAUUCAUCAUGGAGGACAUGAGGUACUUUACGAGACGCACUCCAGCCGUUUCACCCUGGUUUCACACGAUUUACUCCCACAAAAUAUAUUGUGAUUUAAUUUAGAUGUUUUAUCUGUCAUGCCUCAAAUACCACUCAUCUUUCUUUCCUGCUUUGUCUUUCUGCAGAAACACCACGGGAGCAGACCGCUUUGACGACAGCAGCGAGUGGGGUCCCUUAGGGCCGGAGAGUGACCUGGACGAGGCAAUGGCCCCAGUGGAGGACAUGGGCUCAGACACAGACGAUGAAGAAAUGGAGGUUGAAGGUCUUGACAAGGACGUUGAUGAAGUUUUUCAUGAAGGGGAGUCUAAAGAGCAGCCUGCCGCAUCUGAUCCUCCCGUCACCCCUCCGACAGAACGCCCGGUGGUAAAAGAACGAGAGGACACCCUCUCUGUGCGUCUGCUGAGGAUAGUGCUGUUCGCCCUCUGCUGCGGGGAACGCCAAGCUGCCAAGCAGCUAUCCACCCAGUCCAAUCUCAUCCGGGCCUGGCUGAAGGAUAAGGAGAAGCAGCUGGAGCGUGAUGGCCGGGGACCCGGCAAGGGAGAGGCGGUGGAGCGCAUGGUGGAGUGGGUCAUGGCCCAGCGAGAGCAGCAGCUGCCGCUCAAUGAGAAGAACCUUUUUCAGAGGGCUUCUGAGAUCCACAGCCAGGACGGCCACAGCAGCGCCUUCCGCAUCUCUUACGACUGGGCUGUGAGCUUCAUGCUGCAGCAUAGCCUUGGCUGGCAGGCUGUUGGGCGGACCGCCACGGUCAGCCGGCGCUUGCCACGCUCCAUGGAGGACAACGCUAACUCCUUCACCAAGUUCACCCGCAAGCACAUCCAGGCCCACGAUCUGCCCCACACAGGGAUAGCUGCCAUGGACGAGCUGUCUGUCUUUGUAGACAUUGAGGCGCUUGCGGAUCCAGCCAAAGUGGACAAAGAAGGGGCUCUCCAGCUGGUGGGAACCAGGGAACCUCUGGUCACCAUCUAUCUGUCAGCGCUGGCCGAUGGCACCAUGCUACGCACCCUGGUCCUAAUCAAGGGGCAGCUCCCCGAGAUGCAGGGCACAGGCCUGCCCAACUCUGUCCUGCUGGAGGCCAAGGUGGAGGGAUUUACCAGGGACGAGGAAUUGGCGCUGUGGGAGUCUCUGGUGUGGCGUCAACACAUGCUGGACCAGAGCAGGAGUACCAAAGGCAUGCUGAUCCUGGACGGUCACCGCGGACACCUGUCUAAGGACUUCCUGACCACCCUUGGUGCCACUGGCACCCUUCCGGCCGUGGUCCCCGCCGGCUGCACCUGUCGCCUCCAGCCCCUGGAGAUGUGCCUGCGGCCCGUGCUGCAGAGUUUCCUGCUGGCCCGCUGGGCCCGGCUGGCUGCAGAGGGCGGGGCAGCAGGGGCCACACACAAAGACCUAGUGCAACUGCUAGUUGCCUGGCUAGUGGAGGCCUUGUCCUACUUAGAGGAACAGCCUGAUCUGCUGCGACAGUCCUUCCACCUUACUGACUUGGUCCCUGGGCAGCGGGACCAGGAAAUGACCAAGACUCUGGCAGAGACCCAGUCAGAGCUGAUGAGUACUCUCAGAGAGGCCCUGCUAGGUCCUGAGGUUCUGGAGCCGGAGUCACCAGCAGAGCUCGAGCAGGAAGACAGCAGGGGCACAGAGGACAUGGAGGCUGGAGAAGAGAGGGUAGAUGAGGAUCAAAAGGCUGGAGAAGAGAGGGUAGAUGACGAGCAAGAUGCUGGAGAAGAGAGGGUAGAUGAGGAGCAAGAGGUUAAAGAAGGGAAGGUAGAUGAGGAGCAAGAGGCUGGAGAAGAGAGGGUAGAUGAGGAGCAAGAGGUUAAAGAAGGGAAGGUAGAUGAAGAGCAGGAAAGUGGAGAAGAAAAGGUAGAUGAGAAUCACAAGGCAGCUAUAGAAAUGGACACAACAAAGGAUAACAUCUUGGAAAAGGGAGAGGAAGAGAUGGAGCCGCUGCCAGAGAGCCAGGAGACUGGAGGGUCCCAUGAGGAGGUCUCCCCCUCUUAG